AUGAGCCACCCAACACACCCAGCCACAGUGCACUUCCCCAUCACCACCACCUUUCUCACAGGUGCUCUGGAUGCAGUCUACUUCCUCUCCAAGUAUGCGCCGACCUCCGGCGCCGUGGCCUCAACCUUCAAGACCUUCGACAUCGCCAUAGACCCGUCCAUCUUCCCCCUUCUCUCGUACUAUACCACGCUCCUCACGCUCCUCUUCUCCGCCCCGGCGGUCGCGACCGGAAUGUACGAGUUCAUACCACUAGUCAAGCGCGACGGCUUGAAGUCGAAGAAGGCACAGGUCGGCGCGUUGCACGCUGUUAUCAACGAUGUGACGGUGCUGGGUGCGGCGUUCAACUGGUGGACGCGCAGAAGCAACCCCGGCAUGAUGCCGAGCGAUACCAACAUUCUGAUUAGCAGUGUCAUUGCGCUGCCGGCGACCAUGUUCGCGGCGUAUCUCGGUGGUAGCUUGGUGUAUGUGUAUGGUAUGGGGUUUAGGGGUGGGCAAGCGAAGGCAAAGAAGGCGCAGUGA